CGUGCACACAGGGAGGAGUGGUGACAAUACUUCCAGAGGAUUAUAGGCUACUAUAUCUCACUACAACUCAGUCUUUGGCUCGCACUUUACCCCACAACACCGCCAAGAUGGGGAGGAGGCGUUUCUCGGGACUGGAGCUGGCCCUCAUUGCCAUGUUCGUUCUGAUGACAGCUACCUCCAUCGCCCUUAUUAUACUGUACGUCACCAACAUAGGGAAGACCAAAAACGAAAAUACCAACCCCAUUGUUCCUCAGUGUCCAAAUAUCCCCCUAGCUGAAAGAGUAGACUGCUACCCUGAUGCCGGAGCCUCCAAGCAACAAUGUGAGGCGCGUGGCUGCUGCUGGAGUCCUCUGGAUGAGCGAAACGUCCCCUGGUGCUACUUCUCCACAAAUCACGGAUACACGGUGGAAUCGGUGGAUCAAUCCAAUCCUAAUGCAUUGAAAGCAACUCUAAAAAGGAUGGCAGCUCCAUCUUUGUUUGGGGCAGAUAUUCAAGAGCUGGCAUUUUAUGCAGAAAUGCAGACACCCAAGCGCCUUCAUUUUAAGAUCUCCGACGCACAGAAUAAGCGGUUCGAGGUCCCCCAUGAGCACAUCGCUGGGCUCAAUGCUCAGCCAUCCAGCCCCAUCAGCGACACCAUGGAGAUCACACACAGCCCCUUCGGCAUCACUGUGCGCAGAAAGGAGAAUAUGAAAGUCCUGUUUGACACCAGCAUGGCCCCACUGGUGUUUGCAGAUCAGUACCUCCAGAUAUCGGCCAAGCUGCCAUCCCAUAAUAUUUAUGGCCUAGGGGAGCACGUACACCAGCAUUUCCGCCAUGACACCAACUGGAGGACCUGGCCCAUUUUCACCAGAGAUGCUUUUCCCAAUGGGGGAACACACAACCUCUACGGACACUAUCCCUUCUUCCUCUGUCUGGAAGAUGAGAGCGGGAAGUCAUUCGGGGUCUUCCUCUUAAACAGCAAUGCCAUGGAGGUGACCUUGCAGCCCGCCCCUGCAGUAACCUACAGGACCAUCGGAGGAGUUCUGGAUUUCUACAUUGUCUUCGGGGAUACACCAGAACAAGUGGUGCAGGAGUUUCUCGAACUCAUUGGCAGGCCCGUCAUCCCUGCCUACUGGUCACUGGGCUUCCAGCUCUCACGCUGGGACUAUGGCAGCCUGAGUGAAGUCAAAGCCACCGUGGAGAGGAACCGUGCUGUGCAGAUUCCAUAUGACAUCCAGUACACUGACAUCGACUACAUGGAGGACAAGAAGGACUUUACCUAUGACAAAGUAAAGUUUGCUGAGCUGCCCCAGUUCUACGACUACCUCCACGACAAAGGACAGCGGUACAUUCUCAUCCUGGACCCUGCCAUAGCCACCAGUAAGAGAGUUGGAAACACAUCAUAUGAUUCGUACGACCGCGGAACAGCCAAGAACGCCUGGGUUUUCGAGGCCGAUGGGAAAACUCCUCUUUUGGGAGAGGUGUGGCCAGGAGAGACCGUUUUCCCAGACUACACCAGCCAAGCCUGCAUCGACUGGUGGGUGGAUGAGUACGAGAGGUUCUCCCGCGAGAUCAAGCACGAUGCCCUCUGGAUUGACAUGAAUGAAGUUGCAAAUUUCAAGAAAGGAUCAGUCACAGGCUGUGCCAGCAACAACCUCAAUUACCCUCCAUACACACCAAAGAUCCUGGAUGAGGUGAUGUAUAGUAAGACCCUGUGUAUGGACGCAAAGCAGGCUUGGGGGAACCACUACGAUGUGCACAGUCUCUACGGGUACUCCAUGGUGCUGGCCACAGAGAAGGCGCUCCAGCGUGUAUUUGGAGGGAACCGGACCCUCAUGCUGACCCGCUCCUCCUUCCCGGGUGUGGGCAAGUACUCGGGUCACUGGCUGGGAGACAACGCUGCCAACUGGAAUGAUAUCAAGUUGGCUAUCCCCGGCAUGCUGGAGUUUAGCCUUUUCGGAGUUCCUUAUAUCGGAGCUGACAUCUGCGGGUUCUUUGACGACAGCAGUGAGGAGCUGUGCCGCCGAUGGAUGCAGGUGGGAGCAUUCUAUCCAUUCUCCCGAAACCACAACGCUCAAGGCUACAGGCCCCAGGAUCCUGCUUGGUACGGGACCGAUUCCACCCUGGUGAGAAGCUCCAAGCACUACCUGACCAUCCGCUACACUCUGCUGCCAUACCUGUAUACACUCUUCUACAAGGCCCACACUACGGGGGAGACGGUGGUACGGCCCAUGAUGCACGAGUUCUACUCAGACAGUGCCAGUUGGACAGUGGACCGGCAGUUCCUGUGGGGAAAGUAUCUGCUUAUCACCCCUGUCCUGGACCCGGGGACAGAUACCAUUCGGGCAUACGUCCCAGAUGCAGUGUGGUACGAUUACGACACGAUGGAGAGAAUUGUACCACGCAGGCAGUUUGUUAACAUGUACAUCCCUGGAGACAAACUGGGCUUACACAUCAGAGGAGGAGCCAUUCUUCCCACGCAACAGCCGGCAGUCACCACCACGUACAGUCGCACCAACCCCAUGGGCCUGAUCGUGGCUCUCGACGACAACAGCCAGGCCACAGGGGAGCUAUUCUGGGACGACGGAGACACGCGCGAAACCGUGGAAACUGGAAAAUACAUCCACUACAGGUUCACAGUUAUCUAUGGAAUUCUCACCCUUCAUGCCACCCAUAUUGGAUACACAGACCCAAACAAUCUGAAAUUUGAUGACAUCACCAUUCUAGGCAUACCGCUGGCUCCAUCGACCAUCAUUAUCGUAAAUACUAAGACUGGAGCGGUCACCCAUGUGCCCACUGCCAACAUCCAGCAUGAUAACACCAAGAAGGUUUUGUUCCUGCGGCGUCUAAACCUGCAGGUGGGCGAGUCGUAUACCGUCCAGUGGAACCAGCCCCAACUCGAGUUCCAACGCUUCGACUGCUAUCCAGAAGAAAACGCAGAUGAGACGAAGUGCAAGGCCAGAGGAUGCCUCUGGGAGCCAAGCAAUCUUGAGAGGGUUCCGUGGUGUUUCUACCCUCAAGACUAUGGGUACACUUUCACAACCUUUAGUCAGACAGACUCAGGUAUAACUCUGGACAUCAGUAGGAACGCAAAGCACAAAAGCACGAACCGCCCCGGCUCACCCGACAUCAACAACUUACGAGUCCAAGUCUUCUACCUCUCAAGUGACAUGCUACGGUUUAAGAUUUGGGAUCCAGCUACAGAACGCUAUGAGGUCCCUGUGCCGUUAAAUGUUCCGGCAAACCCCGAGACUGAUGAGAACAAGAGAAUGUAUAAAGUUGAACUUACCAAUAAUCCAUUUGGCAUUCGAGUUAUCAGGAAGAGCACAGGAACUGCCAUCUGGGACUCAUCUGUGCCUGGAUUUACCUUCUCGGACCUGUUCAUCCAAGUGUCCACCAAGCUGUCCUCUGAGUUUGUCUAUGGCUUUGGGGAGACAGAACACCCCACGUACAAACACAACUUUAACUACCACACCUGGGGCAUGUUCGCCAAGGACCAGCCACCGGGCUACAAGAUGAACUGCUAUGGAGUGCAUCCUUUCUAUAUGGGCCUGGAGAACACAGCCGACACUCACGGUGUGCUGCUCCUCAACAGUAACGCCAUGGACGUGACGUUCCAGCCCACUCCCGCUAUUACCUACCGAACAUUGGGGGGCAUCCUGGACUUCUUCAUGGUCCUGGGCCCCACUCCGGAGAUGGUGGUGGAGGAGUAUACUGCGCUGAUUGGGCGGCCCGUUCUGCCUGCCUAUUGGUCGCUCGGGUUCCAGCUCUGUCGCUACGGUUACGCCAAUGACACAGAGAUCAAAAACUUGUAUGAGGACAUGAAAGCUGCUGGGAUACCCUAUGAUGUGCAAUAUGGUGACAUAGACUACAUGGAACGUCAGUUGGACUUCGUCUUAGAUGAAGUGAAUUUCAAAGGCCUCCCUGCACUGGUGGAUUCAAUGAGAGCAGAGGGCAUGAGGUUUAUCUUCAUUCUGGAUCCAGCCAUUUCAGGCAAUGAAACUGAGCCUUAUCCUGCUUUUACCAAUGGUCUUGCACAAGAUGUGUUUAUCAAGUGGCCAAAAGAGCUGGGUAAUGACAUUGUAUGGGGAAAGGUAUGGCCAGAUAUACCCAAUGUCACUGUAGAUACCUCUUUGGACUGGGACACUCAAGUUAAGUUAUACAGAGCCUAUGCAGCAUUCCCUGACUUUUUCCGCACUUCAACAGCCCUGUGGUGGCAAAAAGAAAUUUCAGAUUUUUACAAUGUUGUGAAGUUUGAUGGAAUCUGGAUUGACAUGAAUGAGCCUGCCAGUUUUGUCCAUGGCACUGUUGAUGGAAAGUGUCUUGGUAACCCUCUCCUGGAAAAUCCACCAUAUAUGCCACCUCUGGAAUCCAAACAUAUGGGCCUGAACCAUAAGACCCUGUGCAUGAACAGUGAGCAGAUCCUCCCCUCCGAGAAACGGGUUAGGCACUACGACGUUCACAACCUCUACGGCUGGUCCCACACCAAACCCACCUUUGAUGCCCUGAAGGCUAUCACGGGUAAAAGAGGCAUCGUAGUGACCCGCUCCACCUACCCCUCCAGUGGGCAGUGGGCUGGACACUGGCUGGGAGACAACUACGCCAGCUGGGACCAGCUCUAUAAAUCCAUCAUAGGCAUGAUGGAGUUUAGUCUGUUUGGAAUCCCUUAUACUGGAGCAGACAUCUGUGGAUUCUUCAACCCGUCAGAGUAUGAACUCUGCCUGCGCUGGAUGCAACUCGGUGCCUUCUAUCCAUAUUCACGCAACCACAAUGGUUUGGGCAAUCCGAGACAAGACCCCGUCGCUUGGGACGAAUUCUUCGCCAACACCUCUCGGGAUGCUCUGAACAUCCGCUACACUCUGUUACCUUACCUCUACACCCUGAUGUAUGAGGCCCACACCAAAGGCAGCACCGUCGUCCGGCCCCUGCUGCACGAGUUUGUACAAGAUAGAAAUACAUGGGAUAUCCACAACCAAUUCCUAUGGGGUCCAGCGUUUCUAAUAACACCGGCCAUGGACAAGGGUGUCAGAGAAGUGAGGGGAUAUGUUCCUUAUGAUCGCUGGUAUGACUAUCACACGGCCAAAGACGUGGGUGUGCGUGGACAGAUGGUAACCAUGUCAACCCCACUCAACCAUAUUAACCUUCAUGUCAGAGGAGGUUAUAUCUUACCAUGGCAGAAACCAGAGAGAAACACAAAACUCAGUCGCACAAAUCCACUUGGACUGAUCGUGGCCCUGAGUGACUCCAACACAGCACAAGGAUCCUUCUUCUGGGACGACGGGGAAAGCAUUAAUACGGCUGGGAGAAAUGAGCAUCUGCUCUCAUCCUUCUCAGUGCAAUCGAACACCCUGACCAACAAUGUGAUUCAUAAUGGACUAAAGCCUGAGGAUCAGCUCUCGAUGGGUGUGGUGAAGAUCUGGGGAGCGGGGAGUGUGCAAAUCACCCAGGCAACGCUCACUGUCUCUCCAGGGUCCUCGAGCCCACUCACUGUCCAGCACAACGUCGACACACAGGAGCUGAUAAUAGAUGUCACCCCGAAAAACCAAAAAGUGCAUCUGCCCUUCUCGAUAUCAUGGAGAUAGACCUGCAGAGUCACGUUUAUGGUCAUAUGUGAAGUGUAAUUAUUUGGUCUUUGAUUUACAAUUGCAUUUUUUUUCAACACAUAUAACGAUGAGACUGUAAAGUUUCAAGAUAACGAAUUUUGUUUG